GAGCCAACGCCCCACUCCCUAUUUCUCCUGCACUUCUCCCCCCAUUCUCUCCACGCACAAAAUCGGAGGUGCCUUCCGAUCCAACCGCCCCAGCCAGGUCGAACGGCGCUGCCCUCACCAUCGGCGGGAUCGGGCUGCCGGCCUCACCUGCGACCUUAUCAUGCACGCCCCAGCAAGCGCGAACAUCACGGCCCUCCUCACCGGCGGGAUCGGAGCCGCCGGCCUCACCCACAACGUUCUCUGCGCCCCUUCCCUGAUUCCCUACCACGGGUAUUGCACUGUCCGCAUCCACGAGAACGCCUCCACCUGCAACCGCGAGAACGCCGCCGCCCUCUGGAAGGUUCUGCUGCUAAGAAGUAGCGGGCAACUUUCAAGAAAAACAGUCUGGUGCCAUUAGCUUAACUGAUAAUGGAGAACACAUCGGCCUGCUCCCACAAGAAUGCCACUGCCCUCCUCCGGUUUCUGCUCUGGUCUGAGCGCCUCCUUCCUCUCUUAGUUCAGUUCGAAAAUAAGGCAAGAAGGCUGUAGAAAAUAACAAGACUCUUGGCAGGUAUUCUGAAUCGUCUAGGUAGACACUAGAGUACAUCAUCAGCACGUAUUCUGAUUCGUCCAUUACUUGUUGUUUAUCCUACAAUAUGCCUUAAGGUAUUGUAUUCUGGGUACAUAUCUCUCUUAUUGAAUUUAGUGAAGUUUAUGACUUGGAAAAACAACAUUGUGCAUGCUUUUCUCAUCAAUAAAUAUAUAUACCCAUCCUUAUUAAUACCACCUAGUACAAGAUGAUCCUUUGUGGAAGAGAUUCUUUUUUCUAAUGAGUAAGUACAACCAUGAUGAUAUAUCCUAAGUUAGUACUAGUUGAUAGCAUAACAGCCAUGAUGAUAUUGAAUGUCAACAUGAUUUCUAUUAAAUUACCUAUAGUGUGUUCUUGUACAGAGAGUAGCUCCUAUUUUAACCGAAAACUUAAGCUGCGGUUGCAUGCUCUCUGUAUUUUAAGUAGUUUGGUUCAACUUAUUUUUUCUUCAAAACUACCCAGAGACAAUCAUGCUAUCAUAUAAACAUAUGUUCUGAAACUACUACAAUCUGUCCUGAAACUAAUUGCUUUAGAGGUGAUGCUCUGUUUACAUGCUUUUCCUUAUUAAAGAGAUAAAUCAAGUCAUGAUAUUGCUUAGAGGGUCAGGUACUGUAUGCUUAUGGUCAUUGCUUUUUUAAGUCUUACUGUUAUAUGUUAACAUAUUUUGCUACUUAAUGUUUCAUGAUAUCCUUCUUCGUCGAGGUAGUAAAAUCAUGUCCGCAACUCCGGAGUAGGAGAGGAACAUGCUAGCAAGGAUUAAGAGACGCAUGACUGAGGAGGCAGCGCCUCUUGGGGACAUACAAAACAUAGCUAGUCAACUCCUGUACGGCCAGAACAAAUGAGUAGCAAAGUUGCAGAGGUGAGGAUGGUGGCAGUGUCUCCAAAUAGAAGUCAAACGAAUAUUGAGCAGGAUGAUGAUGAGGCCGAUGAUAUUUCUGGAAUUCUAUGGAAAAUAAAAGAAGAUGAGCACCUAGUGGUACAUAACUAAAAGAAGAUGAGCACCUAGUCGGAAGAACCAAGGUCUUCUCCUACAAAAGUUGGUAUCCUCUGAUGAAACUGCAAACGACAAAACAAAGAUUUUCUCAUUAGAAGAGCUAGAGAAGGCAACAAACAGCUUUGAUCCCACACGUGUUAUUGGCCGUGGGGGCCAUGGCAUGGUUUACAAAGGGAUAUUAUCAGAUCAAGGUGUGGUUGCAAUUAAAAAAUCUAAGGUCAUAGAGGAGUGCGAGAUCAGUCAAUUCAUCAACGAGGUCGCAGUCCUCAGUCAGAUAAAUCACAGAAAUAUUGUGAAACUCUUUGGAUGUUGUCUCGAAACCGAGGUUCCAUUGCUGGUGUAUGAUUAUAUAUCGAGUGGCUCACUGUCUGAAGUUCUUCAUGCAGAUACAAAUAAUGGUCUUUCGCUGUCUUGGGGUGAUUACUUAAGAAUUGCAAUGGAAACAGCCGGAGCUCUAUCUUAUCUCCACUCUUCAGCUUCAGUAUCAAUAUUCCAUCGUGAUGUGAAGUCCUCAAAUAUACUCUUGGAUGGAAACUACACAGCCAAAGUUUCGGAUUUUGGUGCAUCUAGAUUGGUUCCGGUCGAUCAAACACACAUUGUUACAAAUGUGCAAGGUACAUUUGGGUACUUAGAUCCAGAGUAUUUCCAUACCAGACAGCUAAAUGAGAAGAGCGAUGUCUACAGUUUUGGUGUGGUACUAGUGGAGUUGCUUCUUAGAAUGAAGCCUGUUUUUACAAGUGAAUCAGGAACAAUCAAGAACUUGUCAAACUACUUUCUCCAGGAGUUCAAAGAGGGGAGAAUCACAGGUAUUGUUAAUUCUCAGGUGCUGGAUGGGGCAACUGAGGAAGAGAUCAAAGGUGUUGCCUCUCUUGCCGAGCUAUGCUUAAGACUGCAUGGUGAAGAAAGACCCACCAUGAAACAGCUGGAGAUGGAACUGCAGACUCUGCUAACAAAACGGGUGAACUCAUGUCUAGCAUAUCCAAGAAAUGAAGAGCAAAUGCAACCAAUUCGACUGACUCGAAGAAGGGCUAGAGCUGCUCUCCAAUCUUCGGAAUUGGGUGACUUAAGAUUAGGAGACAACCCGCAAUGCUACAGCUUGGAGAAAGAGUUCAUGUCGUCUGCUAGUUUGCCACGCUAGAUGUGUUUGCUGAGUUCAUCAUAAUUGAUUGUUAUGUUUCCCUUUUAUACCUGUGCUGCAGAGAUUGGUAUUGUAAUUCGAUUUAUGCCAAGAUACUUUCAGGCACCACGAUUGUAUGGUGCUUUAUAUAUGCCUGACAUACACAGUGUUGUGCAUUGAUUUCUGUAGUGGGAUCUGAUCGAUUUUCACUUCAUUAGGAGGAUUUAUGAUGGAUUUGUACAACUCAUUGUCACCG